AUGGCUGCUGGCAGGUAUUUCCCCUCAAUUCAUGACAAAAGAGCAGACAACAAGAACAUCUGGACCUAUUUGGAUCUGAAAACAGAACAGCUGAACCCUCUGCCCAUCAGCUUCACUGAAGCUUUUUUUAAUAAGGGUUGCAAAGAUGGCACUGGUAAAACACACUCAACAACUCUGCAGGAUGACGCUAAAGAAGACUGGUGGGGUUCUCUGGCGGUGGCUGAUUACCGACCUCUGGACGUCUUCAGCUCGUCAGCAGUGGAUCUUGGUUCAACCUCGUGGAGCGAGGAAGAUGACAUGUGUGAGAUCAAGAUCAGGCUGAAAGAAAUCGAGUUACGCAACAUGGUGGAAGAACCUCUUUGCACCCCGGAGACUACACAUCAGAGGAUCGUUGGUUGCAGAACAGCGGAGACCAAGAGUAAAAAGCCUAUAAAGAAGUUAUUAUUAGAUUGUCUAACUGUCCGCCCUUCCUUUCUCUGCAGGUACAUCCGCACCAUGUACCUCGGUAUACAGAGUCACCGGCAGAAGGAGAACCAGCGGCGUUUUUACUGGGCUAUGAUGUACGAGUAUGCCGAUGUCAACAUGCUGCGACUGCUGGAGACCUUCUUAGAAAGCGCCCCUCAGAUGGUGCUGCAGCUCUGCAUUAUGAUCCAGAGCAACAAUGCUGAGUGGCUGCAGUGUCUUUCAACCAUGUCCUCCCUCCUGUCCCUGGCCUGGGUGCUAGCCUCUUACCACAAACUCCUGCGUGAUUCACGUGACGACCAGAAGAGCAUGAGUUACCGAGGUGCCCUGGUGCAUCUGUUCUGGCGCCUUUUUACCAUCUCCUCACGGGUGAUCUCCCUUGCCCUAUUUGCCUCGGUUUUCCACAUAUACUUUGGCAUUUUUGUGGUGCUCCAUUGGUGUGCCAUGGCUUUCUGGGUCAUCCAUGGCGGCACCGACUUCUGCAUGUCCAAGUGGGAGGAAGUACUGUUUAACAUGGUGGUGGGGGUGGUCUAUGUCUUCUGUUGGUUCAAUGUACGCGAGGGCCGGACGCGGUACAGAAUGGUGACCUAUUAUACAGUAGUGCUGUUAGAGAACGCCAUCCUAAGCCUCCUUUGGUAUGCGUAUCGUGACCCAGUCACAACUGACGCCUAUGCCACUUUUGCCCUCUGUGGUGUCUUCCUGUGCUUUGCCUCAGGUGUGGCCUGUAUGGUUCUCUAUUACGGGGUCCUACACCCCAUGGGCCCCCGGCUGAGGGUGCUGGCCAGCUCAUGCUGCGCUGAGCUUCUUUGGGGCCUUCCAUUACCCCCUGAGGCCGAGCCCAUGGCUCCCACACCUGGACCGCGUGGUUCUCAGGCCACCCCCACACGGGGUCUGGCAGGGGAAUAUGAGGAGUCAGAUGAAACACCCACGGACACCUGCCUACCGGUUUUCCAGGUGAGGUCCACAGAGCCUGUGGAUGCCACUGGCAGGCCCAUCCAGCCCGAGGGUCCUCUCAUUAAGAUAGACAUGCCCAGAAAACGCUACCCAGCAUGGGAUGCACACUUUGUGGAUCGGCGGCUGCGCAGGACCAUAAAUGUGCUGCAGUACAUUAGCCCUAACGCGGUGGGCAUCAGGUAUAGGGACGGUCCACUUCUCUAUGAACUCCUGCAGUACGAAUCCUCCCUCUGAAGGCAUCUUCUCCUACAGCUCUGCCAUGUCCUCUUACACACUACGAUGCACAUACUUAUCCUUUCUUGGACUAUGCUCUUCCUCCUCUCCAGAUAUGAUCUCUUUCCAUUUGGCACACUGCUAUCUCCUUCUCUCCUCUCUGAUCAUUCUAUUUUCCUGCAAGAGAUGUGUGUCGAGACGGUCGAAACACACAGCCAUUGUUUAUUUUUGGAAAAGAAACAGUACAGAGAUAAAAUCAUGAACCUCCAGUAUCUGUGAUAUAUACAGAAGAAUCAUGUAAAUCCCUCUACAUUGAUAUAGGAGGGUUCUGUAUGCGUGUGUAGAUAAAAUAUGAAUGUUUCAUUAUGAAAUGUGUUUAAUACAUUAUACUGUAUUGGUGAUUCAACCUGUGAAUACUUUUGAAGGGCAUAUUGUAUGUCCCUGUGACAUGGGACUGGCGCAAAAGCCUGAUGGGAAUGAUGGAGGAGAGUCUCAAUGGGGGCAGGUCUUUGCACAUCCCAACAUGUACUGCCAUUCUUUAUGUAAAUGAUUGUACUGUAUGAUAAUGUUUACUAAUUCCUUAGCCCGUGAAUUGAAAAGCACUGAAAUUUCUAUCGCGAUACUGUAAAUAACAAAAA